CCAGACAUCACAUCCGGGUCACUUGCCUGCAACUCACUAUAAGGCAGCUUCACAGUUACCUCGUAGCGCACCCCCAGCCAUAGGCUGCUUGACAUGGGUGUUAUCGGUAGCUAACGCCAAGUGGGUAAUUGGAAUCCUCGUCUGUCUCUGGGACGAUCCGAACAAAGCAGCCCAGUCAGCCGUCACUGAGAACUUCAUCAACUCAUGCAAUAUUAAUCUCAGCCAUGUCCAAAAGCCUGAAAAAGAAAAACCACUGGACCAAUAAAGUCCACGAGAUUGCUGUCUGCAGGAAUAAAGAAGGAGAGCUCGGCUUUGAUUUGAAAGGAGGUGCGGAGAACGGGCAGUUCCCUUACCUGGCUGAACUAAAACCAGGCAAGGUGGUCUGUCAGAGUGGGAAACUAUCCCAGGAUGAGUUGAUCUUGGAGGUCAAUGACACCCCAGUGGCUGGGCUCACCAUUAGGGAUGUGUUGGCUGUCAUCAAGCACUGCAAGGACCCCAUCCGGCUGAAGUGUGUCAAACAAGGGGGCAUUGUAGAUAAAGAUAUUCGUCACUACCUCAACUUGCGGUUCCAGAAAGGAUCAGUAGACCACGAGCUUCAGCAAAUCAUUCGGGACAAUCUUUACCUCCGGACAGUGCCAUGUACCACAAGGCAGCCUAAGGAGGGAGAGGUCCCAGGUGUGGACUACAAUUUUGUAACUGUUGAUGAGUUUAUGGAACUGGAGAAAGGUGGUGCUCUAUUAGAGAGUGGGACAUAUGAAGAUAACUAUUACGGCACUCCCAAGCCACCAGCUGAACCUACCCCAUUGCAGCUAAAUGUGACAGACCAGAUCCUUCCAGGUGCCAGACCAAGUGCAGAAGGAAAACGAAAAAGAAAUAAGUCAGUUAGUAAUAUGGAGAAAGCUGGCAUCGACCCCCCAGAAGAGGAAGAAGAGGAGAGGCCAGUUGUCAAUGGCAACAGUGUAGCAAUAACUCCAGAAUCAAGUGAACAUGAAGACAAAAGUACCGAUGCCUCCGGUGACAUGGCACCUCAGCCAUAUGUACCACCUACCCCAAGUCAACCAGAAGAAUUAAAAGAAGAUGAAGAAGCAACAAAGCAGAUGCCCAAACCAGAAGAAAAUGAUGACCUUGGAUCACUGCCGGAUAACUGGGAAAUGGCCUACACUGAGAAAGGAGAAGUUUACUUUAUUGACCACAACACGAAGACUACAUCAUGGCUUGAUCCCCGACUUGCAAAGAAAGCUAAGCCACCAGAAGAGUGUAAAGAAGACGAGCUUCCAUAUGGAUGGGAGAAAAUUGAUGACCCCAUUUAUGGCAGCUAUUAUGUUGAUCAUAUAAACCGAAGAACUCAGUUUGAAAAUCCAGUGAUUGAAGCAAAGAGAAGACUACAGCAACAGCAAAUGCCAAAUCAAGAUCUCUCUUCUCAGCCUUUGCAGGCAAUACAUGUCUUCCGAGAAAAGCCGCUCUUCACUCGAGAUGCUACCCAGUUAAAGGGAACCUUCCUCUCAACAGCACUGAAGAAAAGUAACAUGGGAUUUGGUUUUACAAUAAUUGGAGGGGAUGAACCUGAUGAGUUCUUGCAGGUGAAGAGUGUUAUACCAGAAGGACCAGCAGCACAGGAUGGCAAAAUGGACACAGGUGAUGUCAUUGUCUAUAUCAAUGAUGUCUGUGUCCUUGGUCAUACACAUGCAGAUGUUGUCAAGCUCUUUCAGUCAGUUCCAAUUGGUCAGAGUGUAAACUUGGUGCUAUGUCGUGGAUAUCCUUUGCCCUUUGACCCUGAAGACCCAGCUAGUAGUUUGAUGUCUCCAAUGGGAUUAAUGGACAGACAACUAAUGGUGAAUGGAAGAAGUAGCUAUGACCAUUAUAUGGAUUACAUUUCACGGACACCUCGAUUUGUGCAGGAUCAUGCAGAACAGCUGGCUCAUCAGCCCUUACUCACGCACCCUCCAGAGAGUCAUCUUGAUGGCCAGUUACCCCCUCCUGUCCAUGAUGACAAUGUAUCAAUGGCCUCCUCUGGGGCCACCCAGUCUGAACUUAUGACCAUAACCAUUGUGAAAGGAUCAGAGGGCUUUGGCUUCACCAUAGCAGACAGUCCCACAGGACAGAGGGUAAAGCAAAUUUUUGACGUUCAGGGUUGUCCUGGUUUAUGUGAAGGGGACCUCAUUGUGGAGAUUAACCAUCAGAAUGUGCAAAGCUUCAGCCACAACCAGGUUGUGGAUCUACUCAAAGAAUAUUCAGUGGGGACAGAGACAUCAUUGGUCAUCCAGAGGGGUGGCGGUCACUUUUCACCAUGGAAGACCUCUAAACAGGUGAUGGAGCAGUGGGAUAUCCAAGGCAGCCCCCAGACCAGCUUAUCAGCACCUGUAAUACCUUUCCCACCCAACUUCCACAGGGCUUCUUUCCCAGACUCAGCUGAUGGGUUUGAUCAAAGAAAACCCGAUCCCUAUGAACUGUAUGAGAAGUCAAGAGCUAUCUAUGAGAGUAGGCAGCAAGGCCCACCGAGGACAGUAUUUCGAAUGGAUUCCACUGGUGCUGAUUUUCAGGAAGUGGAUGUCCAUCUUCGUCGGCAGAAAUCUGGAUUUGGUUUCAGAAUACUGGGUGGGGAUGAACCUGGGCAGCCAAUUCUGAUUGGAGCAAUAAUUGAGAAAAGUCCUGCCGACAGAGAUGGAAGACUGCGACCAGGGGAUGAAUUAGUGGUUGUCGAUGGAAUAACUGUGGCUGGAAAGACACACAGAUAUGUCAUUGACCUCAUGCAUGCUGCAGCCCGAAAUGGUCAGGUCAACCUUACAGUUAGGCGAAAAAUGCAGUAUGUGGGUGAUCCAUGUCCUGAGAAUGGCAGGAGUCCUGGAUCAGUAUCCACACAACACAGCUCUCCAAGAAGUGAUUUUGUGGCCUAUCCCAACAGCACACAGCAAGUUGUUUCUGGGGCUUCACCCCCAGAAGGCUUUGUGUCCCACAGUUUGCAGACAAAUGAUGUUGUCAUCCAUCGCAAGGAGAAUGAGGGCUUUGGCUUUGUUAUCAUUAGUUCCUUAAACAGACCUGAGACUGGAUCUACAAUCACUGUGCCCCAUAAAAUUGGUAGAAUCAUUGAAGGCAGUCCAGCCGAUCGAUGUGGGAAGCUGAAAGUGGGGGACCGGAUACUCGCUGUGAAUGGCCAGUCCAUUAUUAACAUGCCUCAUGCAGAUAUCGUGAAAUUAAUCAAAGAUGCCGGACUAAGUGUAACUCUUCGCAUCAUUCCUCAGGAGGAGCUCAAUAGCCCAGCAUCAGCUGCUAGCUCAGAGAAGCAGAGCCCUAUGGCACAACAACACAGUCCUGUGACCCAGCAGAGCCCUGUAGCGCAGCAGAGUCCCGUGGCCCAGCAAAGCCCAGCACCUCAUCAUAGUCCCGUCUCACAGCUACCACUUCCACCCGCACAGCUGCAAGGGCAUGAAAACAGUUACAGGUCAGAAGUGAAAGCAAGACAGGACGUGAAGCCGGACAUCAGGCAGCCUCCCUUCACUGACUAUCGGCAGCCUCCUGUAGAUUACAGACAUCCUCCAGUAGCAGAUUAUCGGCAGCCUCCUACGUUGGAUUACCGGCAGCCUCCACUUUUAGAUUACAGGCAGCAUUCACCUGAUGCUAGGCAGUUUCCUAUACCAGACUACAGGCAACCACAGGAUUUUGAUUUCUUCACUGUGGAGCUGGAGAAAGGUGUGAAAGGAUUUGGAUUCAGCAUUCGAGGCGGCAGAGAAUAUAAAAUGGAUCUGUAUGUUCUUAGGCUUGCUGAAGAAGGACCUGCAAUAAGAAAUGGUCGAAUGAGAGUUGGCGAUCAAAUCAUAGAAAUCAAUGGUGAAAGCACAAGAGACAUGACACAUGCCAGAGCAAUUGAACUCAUCAAAUCAGGAGGCAGAAGAGUUCGCCUGCUACUAAAGAGAGGAACAGGACAAGUCCCGGAGUAUGCCGACAGCCCAAGCUCCUGGGAUUCUCCCCCUACAGCCUCCCCAAGUUUGCCGGAAGUAGUCUCUUCCCUUGAUGCUACGAUCAUACCAUUACCUUCAUCUCAUCCAGCUCCAGUCUCUGAUCCCAUUCACCAGCUUCCCCUGGAGCCAGCAUGGGACACCAAAGGGGAAAGCGAGACAGGACAGAGGAAGGAGCAGUCAUCAGGUGGCAUGGAAUCAAGGAUAUCAGUGGAAAGAAAAGAUCAUUUGGAAAACUCUAAAGAGACAGAUCGGUCACAGUUGAAGUGCUCGGCGGGAAAAAGUUCCACCAAAAAGAAUAGCAGUGGCAAAAUAAGAGAAGGUGGCAGGUCCAUCUCAGAAGUCAGGGCAACUAGAACAAAGUGUUCACCAGGUAUUGAGAACAUUGAAGACAUGCAAAAAGAGCAUAUCGAUGGUCUGAAAGGUGUCAGAGGAAGAUCUUUAGAGAGGAAAGGAACAGACCGAGCGCAACGAGAGAAACAAAAUGAGGAGCCGCUGGAAAAGAACAUUCAGUUAGGUUUAAAUGGUGGAUUCAAGAAUAGUGGCGGGAAUUAUGAGAUCCCUGCCAAGAAGAAACCUGAUGGGGAGCCUUUGAGGAUCUCUGGUGAAGGGCAUUCCAAUUCUGGAAGCUGUAUUCAGAGCAACAGCAGUAAAACUGCAUCAAGGAAGUCCACACUGUCCCCUGGGCCUUGGAAGAUCCCAGGGUCUGACAAACUUCCUAAUGCUUUGAAGUCUGGAACUUCCACUGUGAGCAGAUAAUAAUAACAAAAAAACAAAAACAAAAAAAAAAAUAA